AAGAGUUACGUUGUGAGAAAUGAGGUGCUAAAAUUUUGGGAUCUCUCUAAAAAUCUGCAAUGAAAAAACGCAAACACCUCAGCUUCCAACUUCUCCAAUUCACCAUAGCUACAAUCUUCGCCGCCCACUUCACUUCCGCCCUCGAUUUCCUCUUCAACGCCUUCGAUUCCUCCUCCCUCUCCUGCUACGGCAACGCCACUCUCGACUCCGGCAUCCUCUCCCUCACCGGCGACGCCGGAUUCGAGAUCGGCCGCGCCCUCCUCCCCUCCAAAAUCCCAACCAAACAUGCCCACACAUCGCUCCUCCUCCCAUUCUCCACCUCCUUCAUCUUCGCCAUGGCGCCCUUCCCCGGCCGCCUCGCCGGUCACGGCAUGGUCUUCCUCUUCGCGCCGAACGCCGAAAUUCACCAAGGUGUCGAGGCCGCCGCGUCGCAGAAUCUAGGGUUUUUGAAUUUCUCCAACAACGGGGACCCUAACAAUCAUGUGUUUGGAGUUGAAUUUGAUGUUUUUAGGAACCAUGAAUUCGACGAUAUCAACGACAAUCACGUUGGGAUUGAUGUGAAUUCGCUCACGUCGAUCAAUUCGAGUGAAGCGGGGUAUUGGUCUGUGGGGGGUUUCUUCCAACAGUUGGAUCUCAAUAAUGGGAGAACGUAUCAAGUUUGGAUUGAUUAUUCUGACGGAGUAUUGAAUGUUACGAUGGCGCCUGUGGGCGUGAAGAGGCCUCCGCGGCCAUUGUUGAAUGUGUCUAUUGACCUUUCUGAUGUGUUAGAGGAUGAAAUGUAUGUGGGAUUCACUGCUUCGACGGGGAACAUGACUCAGAGCCACAAAAUUCUAGCUUGGAGUUACAGCAAUACGAAUUUCACACUGAGUGAUGGGCUGAUUACUGCAGGAUUGCCGUCGUUUGAGCUUCCGGGGACGCCAUUUUAUAGAACUAGAGGCUUUGUUGCGGGUUUAACGUCAGGGGUUUUGGUUGUUGGUGUUGUGUGUUGUGCAUUUGUGUUCUUGUUUGUUAGAAAGAGUAGGAGAGAGAGAAGAGAGAGGGAGGAAAUGGAGGAUUGGGAAAUGGAGUACUGGCCUCAUAGGCUUUCUUAUCAAGAAAUUGACUCUGCAACUAAAGGAUUUGCUGAGGAAAAUGUGAUUGGAAUUGGUGGGAAUGGCAAGGUUUAUAGAGGGGUUUUGAAUGGGGGAUUGGAGGUUGCUGUGAAGCGAAUCUCCCAUGAAAAUGCGGAUGGAAUGAGGGCGUUCUUGGCUGAGAUAUCGAGCCUUGGGAGAGUGAAGCACCGGAAUUUGGUGGGGUUGAGAGGGUGGUGCAAGAAGGAGAAGGGCAGCCUAAUCUUGGUGUAUGAUUUCAUGGAAAAUGGGAGUCUUGAUCAAAGGGUGUUUGAGUGUGAUGAUAGCAAGAUGCUAGGUUUUGAAAGCAGAGUCCGAGUCCUGAGGCAAGUGGCCUCGGGGAUCUUAUACCUGCACGAGGGAUGGGAGUCGAAGGUGCUGCAUAGGGACAUCAAGGCGAGCAACGUGCUGCUUGACAGGGACAUGAAUGCGAGGUUAGGUGACUUCGGGCUGGCCAGGAUGCACGACCACGACAAGGCUGCAGGGACCACGCGAGUGGUGGGGACGAUAGGGUACCUAGCGCCGGAGGUUGUGAGGAGCGGGAGGGCAUCAACGCAAACAGAUGUGUUCGGAUACGGAGUGUUGGUCUUGGAAGUGAUGUGUGGAAGGAGGCCUAUCGAGGAAGGGAAGCCGGCCUUGGUGGAAUGGGUUUGGGAAAUGUUUAGAAGGGGUGAGCUGGGGAACGUAGUGGAUGCACGAUUGAGGGGAGAGGCGGACGCGGAGGAGGCUGAGAGGGUGGUGCAGCUGGGAUUGUUGUGUGCUCAUCCUGAUAGCAAGGCAAGGCCUACAAUGAGGCAGGUGGUGAAGAUGUUUGAAGGGAGGAAUGAGGUUGAAGGUGAAGGAGAGGAUAUGGGUGCUUAUCUAUUGGAGAAGAUGAGAAGUGGAGAGGUUUUGGCUAUGCAUUUGAGAAAUGGUUUUGGUAUGCAUCCAAGUAUGGAUGAGAUUAGACGAGGGAUGUCUUCUACCACAUCACUCUCUUGGAGUGAUAUUACUGUUGUAGAGGGUAGAUGAGUUUUGUUUUUUCAUUUUGAUUAAAAAAUGAAUAUAUACUCCUAGUUGUAGAUAAUUUCGUGGCAAUAUAGAUAUAGGUAUACUGGGUGGAAUUGGAUCACAUUUGUUGUAUUUAUUUCGGUGUAUAUCAUUGAUUGAUUUAUGGUUCUAUUCUUUAAAGCAUCA